AGCCUAGCAGAGGCAGCCAAUUAUUUGUCAAACUAGCAAUCGUCGCUUAGCCUGCUAGGAGCUAAGUCCAAGUCUAUCACCAAAAACGUUUCUUCACAUUUGAACCGCUCACUUUUAUGCCAAGGAGCGAGAUUUGUGUGUAAACAGGAUGUCAACUCCAGCAAGACGACGUUUAAUGAGAGAUUUUAAACGACUGCAAGAGGAUCCUCCAGCUGGAGUUAGUGGGGCCCCAUCAGAAAACAAUAUCAUGGUAUGGAAUGCUGUCAUUUUUGGACCUGAAGGAACACCUUUUGAAGAUGGAACUUUCAAACUUACCAUUGAAUUCACAGAGGAAUAUCCAAAUAAACCACCAACAGUGCGAUUUGUCUCCAAAAUGUUUCAUCCAAAUGUGUACGCAGAUGGCAGCAUAUGCUUAGAUAUACUUCAGAAUCGUUGGAGUCCAACCUAUGAUGUCUCUUCAAUCUUAACCUCAAUACAGUCUUUACUGGACGAGCCAAACCCAAACAGUCCAGCCAAUAGCCAGGCAGCGCAGCUGUACCAGGAAAAUAAGCGGGAGUACGAGAAGAGGGUUUCUGCUAUUGUUGAACAGAGUUGGCGUGACUGUUGACCCCUGUUGAUGUCGGGAGUGUGAACGGUGUCUGGCCCAGAAUCAAGAAACCACUGAUCAAGAAAACAAGUGAUUACACAAAUAAUGACACAUCUUAAAAUCCUUCUCAAUAUAUUUGUCCCAUAACUGUUGCUCAGUUUGUAUGCUGUUGUGUUGUGGCAUUCACUCCUACCGAAUGCUAUUGUUGGGCGAUAGCAUAAGUUUGUUAAAAGUUAAUGUACCUUGUUAUAUCUGGGUUACUUGCUACAUGCCCCCAGUCUCCUUUUUUUUUCCGUAAAAAAAAAGGAAACAGCUGGUCUCUCAGUACACACUUUUCUACUUGUUUUUUCAACUGGCUGGAUGAUUCUGAGACAGUGAAUUAGAUGUGCUUGCUGUGUGGUUUUGCUGUGUAGAUACAGAAAUCCAUAUUUCCAAAAAAAAAGAAAGCUGUUCCUGAGUGUUCCCCCCCUUCUGUUUCAGUGGUUUCACUUCUGUUGGUUUUAUUUCUUUCUGUAUUUUGAAAGCCUUUCAGUAGGAUUUAAAAAAAAAAAAAAAAUGGCAUUGAAAUCCACGACUCUUAACAAGUUGUCAACUCAACAGAUGCCUUUCUCUGAAUUGUACUUGUAAUACCAUGCCUAGGAUUUUAAAAGUGAUCUAGCUCUUGGUGACCAGGUAUCUCCCAACACUGAAACUAGAGAUUUCAUACCCUUUCUGGGCACUUAACUUUGUUUCAGUGUUGACCUUUUUAUGCCAUUUUACAAUCUUACAAAUCAGCUGAUAAUACUGUUAAACAGGAUGGUAUCUGUUUUCAGAUUAUAAAACUUUGCACUGGUAACCCAUGUAACAAAUUGUACAUUUUCUUGUAAAUAAAAAUAAAUAUACACCAA